UUUUCAGUUUGUGUUGUGCGAGCCGUGGAAUCAGUUGCUUUUCGUAUCUGCAACGAGUUGGAUAACAAUUCGGUUGGCGCUGCUGCCGCUGCUUUCAACGCUGCGUAUCUAUAUCUGGCCCCGUGUCUGUCUGUGCAUUUUGCUGUUGCUGCUUAGCAAGUCAGUUGCUUUAACAUUCGCGAAGUCGUUUCUUGAAUGAUGAAUAUUGAAUAGCUGAAGAAAUAUUCAUUAGUAUUCGCACUGAUGUUUGGUUGAGUUAUCCGCAAGCGAGCAACUAAAGCCAAAUUGUCAAUAAAGUAUCUCACAGAUACUCUAUCCGUCUUCGUAGUCGUAGUCGUAGUCGCUCCGCAGCGCACUUUCAAACACAAAUAAAUAUUCCAAGCGCGUGUGCACAACAACAACAGUGUCUACUGAAAAACAACAACAACCAAUUUAUUGCAAAAAAUGCAGCACGAAAAUUAAAAAAAAGGAGAAAAAACAGCUUUGAAAAUUGAAUACAAAAAUAAUAUGAAAUAAAUAAUACAGAAAAAAUACUCAAAGAAAAUACGCGACGUUUUUUAUCAUACCAAAAAAUAUUUGUUGUUUAUUUAUGUUUUGUGCUCGGCAACGCGCUUGUAUGAGUGUGCACAUCUCUGAAGUCUCUCUGUGUGUGUUUGUGUGUGUCGGUGUGUGUGUGUUUUAUCUCUGAGAGUGGCACAAAACAGCUGUUGGCGCGACGACAACAACCACAAUCACAACAACAACAACAACAUCGAGAACGACCACGAGAAAAACAACUUCUUAAGUUGAGAACGAAAACAAUUGUACAACAUUGAUAUUCAAAUUUAGUUUGAAAUUCAAUUUCCUGCACCCGAGUGACAGCUUUCAAGAUUGACGCAGCUGGAGGCAAUCGAAAAUUGUGUUGACAGACGACUUUGCUUGCCGACGGACAGGAAGCAACAAAUGUUUCAUCGAUUUCAGUGAGACACUCGAUUACGAUUGCAAAGUUUACAUCCGAUUCUUGUUGUUGAGGAAAACACUUGAUAAAUCAGCCAGCCGUGUAAUGUUCUGUCAGAGGAUGCUGCUGAUGGCCAGCUUGGUGCUCCUGUUGGGUGGUCAGCCUCAUCUGAUCGCCACAACAACGACAACCACCUUGGUGGCGGCCAUGACCAUUGCGAAUCAGGAUCUAGAGCGAUACUUUCGGGCAGCUAAUGCAUCGCACACCUACACGGGUCAUGUGGAGGAGCGCUCGAAUAUGGAUACCUAUACAUUUGCCUUCCUCAACUGGUCGUAUGUGGACACCGUGAAUACCAUAUGCGAGAGUGAAUUCUCGGAGGAGAAAGCACGCUAUGGAGAGGGCAAGAUACUCAAUGUGACAGGUCGUCUGAUUCACAUCAGCACUGCAGAUGACGAUAGCGACGAUUUUGCCUGCACACCUUAUAUACGCGGCACUCGAGGUACGCCCCUGCCUGAGAAGGGCGUGCCGUGGAUUGCGCUGGUUCGUCGUGGCCGUUGUACGUUCGAGGAUAAAGUAAAGCAUGUCCAUCAUUACAAUGCUGCCGGUGUGAUUAUCUACAAUGACAAGCAGGUCAUGCAGUUGGAAAAAAUGCAGAUCAAGGUUAAGACUCGCAACAUUGCUGCUGUUAUAACCUAUCAAUCAAUUGGACUUGAUUUGGCGAGCACUGUGGACAAGGGCUACAAUGUAACCAUUUCCAUCAUCGAGGGGCGACGAGGCGCUCGACCGUUGGCCAGCCUAAACAAAACUUCCGUGUUGUUUGUUUCCAUAUCGUUUAUUGUGCUCAUGAUAAUAUCGCUGGUUUGGCUUAUAUUCUACUAUAUUCAAAGGUUCCGAUACAUGCAGGCAAAAGAUCAGCAAUCGCGCAAUCUUUGCUCCGUUACCAAGAAGGCGAUUAUGAAAAUACCCACGAAAACGGGUAAGAUGACCGAUGAGAAGGACAUGGACAGUGACUGCUGUGCCAUAUGCAUUGAAUCCUACAAGCCCGCAGAUAUCAUACGUAUUCUGCCUUGCAAGCACGAGUUCCACAAGACUUGCAUUGAUCCAUGGUUAAUUGAACAUCGCACGUGUCCAAUGUGUAAACUUGAUGUGCUCAAGUUCUAUGGUUAUGUGUUCCUGGGCAGUGAGGAAAGUAUACUGGAGUACGAGCCAGAUAGAGCUGCCAAUGCUACAAAUCCCCAGACAGCAGUUAUCUUAGCACAGGAAUCUGGACCCUCUCAGGGUCCAUCCAGUGCACUGGCCGAUCUCAUACGCAGUCGCGAUUUUGUGAUCGAUUUUCCCCGCGUCUAUGUGCUCAACACUGGCAGCAUGGUGGGUGCUAGAGAAACACUAUUUCCGGUGCGUCUACCCGAGCGAUCUCAGAGCUCCUUGUCGCUGAGAUCUCAGGCACGCGACUGGAUGUCCCAGAUGAGCAACAAGUUGGAGGAGCAGCAAGGACUGCGACGUCUGCGCAAGGAUGAAAUGCAGCAGCAACUAUUGAGUGCUCGAGACUCGCAGAGACAACGUCGCUCCCGCUCCGCAGAUGGACGCUAUGCCACCGGUUGCUUCGGACGCCAGCGCACGCCAUCAUUGCAACAGACUCCAGGCUUGGAUGGACCGCAGCUGCAAAUGCAAAUGCGACGCACCAGCUCUACGCAUACAUUGCACCAACUGACGGAUGCCUCCUAUGCCCAGUCCCGCCAGCGGCAGCGUGAAACUUUCGAUUUUGCGCGCACUCGUCGUCGCUUCAUUCGCCGUGAAAGCGAUGAGAUAUCCCUGCAAACGAUGCCGCGACGUGUGGCCACAGGAGUGGUGCAUCCCAUGCCACCCGCUGCACCUUCGCAGCUUCCUCAGCGGGAGCAUGCGGACGCUGAGAGUGGCGAUCACAUUACCAUACAGGUGAAUGGCGAGGGUGUGGAUCUCAAUGAUUAAAGUGAUAUUACAUAGUACCUGAAUAGUUCCGAAUAUACUAAACUAUAUAUUUACAAUUCUAUAAUAGUUCUAAAGUAUUACUCUAAUGUAAAUAAUGUGGUCAACGAGAAUGAGAACGCGAUCUCUAAUCAACGUUAGUAUUAUGA